GUCAAGCACCCACCCGGACGUUGUCAAACUUCGGCGCAUGAUGAUGACGACAACGUGGAUGUCAAAUGUGGCGAGUCUAUGCUAUGUUUCUAUAAGAAGCUAAGACGCCUCUUUAAAGACGUAGAACGUGAAAUGAUGGCGUUGAAUCACCUUAGUCUGCUGCGACCUCUGCUGUGUCAGUCCAUGGUGCGACAGGUCAGGUUUCCCCUCAUGGUCACAUCCAGGGUUAGUGCAGCGCCGCUCUGUCCCAGCACCACCUGUUUCCCCGCUGCAUGCACCAGGCUUUACGCCACCAAGAAGACAAAAGCAAAGGCAAAGGGCCAGUCUGCACAGGUGAAUAUUAAUUCAGCUCUGGUGGAAAACAUCAUCAGUCUGGAUGAAGUGAAUCAGGACAUGAAGGCUGUUAUCAGUGCACUCAAAGAUGACUUCACACGCAGCCUCAGCAUCCGAGGUUCUCCAGGCGCACUGGAUCACAUCGUGGUGACGACUGAAGAUGGAAAGUUCCCUCUCAACCAGCUGGGUCAGGUCUCCAUGAAGUCACCUCAACUCAUUAUGGUCAACAUGAGCAGUUUCCCCGAGGCUAUAGCUGCUGCCACCCGUGCCCUCAGAGAGAGUAGCAUGAACCUAAACCCCGAAGUGGACGGGACGAUCAUCAAGGUGCCUGUUCCAAAAGUAACACGAGAGCACAGAGAGAACCUCGCCAAGAUGGCCAAACAGAUCAGCAACAAGGCCAAAGACUCGCUGAGGAGAGUUCGAUCUCAUGCCGUCACACAGGUCAAAAAGGCAAAGGAAGAACACUCCGAAGACACCAUACGACUGAUAGAGAAACAGAUUCAGCAGAUGGCGGACAACAUCACGGCGGACAUUGACAAACUGUUAGCAGCCAAGACUAAGGAGCUGUUGGGCUGAUGGCUUCACAUUGUGAAUGAAUGAAACGUGCGCGACAGCAGCCACAUGUUUCUGUGUGAAUGAGACGGUGACUGGAUAGCAGUGAGAGGGUCGUUUUCUUUUUCAUUUCCACAAACAAACAAGUGUCGGAUCCUGUAGUACAUGUUCCUCCUGGCAGACACUGGGCUGUGGUCCCUGGCCACAUCACUACAGAUAUCUAGUUUUUUGCUGCUGCUGUGUUUAAACCUCAAGUGCGUAAAAAAUGGCACGGAAAACAACAACGGGCUGCCAGUCACCUCCUUCCUCCCCUGCUACUCUUCCUGUCUUCAAACAAUUCCCCGAGCGAGGGACGAAUGGACUUUUAAUGGGAUUUGUGAGCCUCCUCCUAAUCAAACCCUUUGCCACAAGGGCUGUCUGUUUAUAUAAAACAAGCGCACCCAUCUGAAUGUAAACUGGCUGUGGGUUUGUCUUGGUGGCAAGAGAGAGAGGGGGAGAGAAAGUUUGUUCCAAAGACGCAGGAGCCAGCUGAACAGAUAUCAUUAGCGGGUUGCCAAACAUUUGUUUCACAUUGAUUCAAACUCUUAGAAAAAUGCUCGUGAGUUGAGGAUUGAUAAUAUGGCAACUCACUUUUAAACACAAUAACGUCAGGAAAAGAAACAUUAUUGAUGAACCCCAUUAAAGAAACACUGCUUUGUA